ACAGUAUUUCAAUAUGAAUCCUGGAUCAAAAUAGUGUAGAUUUACUCAUCUUGUUUCACUCCGCCGUUGAACUGGUUCGUUUCCCCGGUACACACUCCGCCGCCGCUACAAGAAUCAAAGAGAAAAAGGAGGAGAAGCGAACGAGAAGGGUGAAGAGACGAGCUACAUCUUUCUCCUUCGAUCCUUGCUUCGAUGGCUCUGCUUCUUAAUCACCCUCCUCUCUCCGCUCGAGGAGUUCUCGAGCUACGUAGGGCGGAGAGAUGGGAUUCUCGCCUACAUUCUCGGCGCCGAAGCAGGGUCUCUGCCGCGAUGAGCUCUGAAACGGAGACGGCCUACGCUUACAUCUCCGCGGCUCCAAUCCUUCUCCCUGAGGGACCGUGGAAGCAGAUACCAGGUGGUGUUACGGCCGCAAAAGGAUUUAAAGCUGCCGGAAUAUAUGGUGGUCUGCGGGCAGUGGGAGAGAAACCUGAUCUGGCUCUAGUGACUUGCGACACUGAUGCAAUUUCUGCAGGUGCUUUUACUACAAAUAUUGUUGCUGCUGCUCCAGUUCAGUACUGCAAAAAUGUGCUUGGAUUAUCAACUACGGCUCGUGCGGUACUAGUUAAUGCUGGUCAAGCAAAUGCUGCUACAGGUGAUGCUGGUUACCAGGAUGCAGUAGAAAGUGCAAAUGCAGUUGCCCAGCUUCUCAAGGUGAAUCCAAAUGCUGUAUUGAUUGAAUCAACUGGUGUUAUUGGACAAAGAAUAAAAAAGGAGGCUCUUCUUAAUUCGCUUCCAAGACUUGUUGGUUCGCUAUCAUCAAACGUUCAGAGUGCAGAUUCUGCAGCUGUGGCCAUUACUACCACCGACCUUGUUAGCAAGAGUGUUGCUGUUGAGACUCAGGUAGGUGGUGUUUCUGUUAGAAUAGGGGGAAUGGCAAAAGGUUCUGGAAUGAUUCAUCCAAAUAUGGCAACCCUCCUAGGAGUUGUAACAACUGAUGCCCUGGUUACUAGCAAAAUCUGGAGAGAAAUGGUUCGGACAUCAGUGAACAGAAGUUUCAACCAGAUUACAGUAGAUGGAGAUACAAGUACCAAUGAUUGUGUCAUUGCCUUGGCUAGUGGAAUAUCUGGAUCGUCCGGUAUAUCUGAUCUUCACAGCAAUGAAGCUCUUCAGCUUCAAGCUUGCUUGGAUGUAGUAAUGCAAGGUCUUGCAAAGUCCAUAGCAUGGGAUGGUGAAGGUGCAACGUGCUUGAUAGAGGUUACUGUCACUGGCACUGGUAACGAGGCUGACGCAGCUAAAAUUGCUCGUACAGUAGCAUCUUCUUCGCUUGUGAAAGCUGCUAUAUAUGGUAGAGACCCGAACUGGGGACGUAUCGCUUGCGCUGCUGGAUAUGCUGGAAUUCAUUUUGAUGCGAAGAAGCUCGACAUAUCACUUGGAAGCAUCCAACUUAUGAAAAACGGCCAACCACUUGCCUUUGACAGGUCUGCAGCAAGUAGCUAUCUCAGAAUGGCUGGAGAGGCGCAUGGAACUGUUGAAAUCCAUAUAUCAGUUGGAGAUGGGCCAGGAAAUGGACAGGCGUGGGGCUGCGAUCUAAGUUAUGAUUAUGUGAAAAUAAAUGCAGAAUACACGACGUGAGGUGAGGUUCAUGAUCGGUGAAUAUCUCUUUUCUUUGUGUUAAAAAGGGUGGAGAGUGCGGCGGAAGAUAUCUCACCAGCAUCUUGCAGUGUAGCGGGGAAGUGUUCGAAUUCCAACUAAUUUAUAUAGUUUGCCUUAAUAAUCUAUAAUGUCUAGUAGUAGGCAAACCCGCACAAAUCUGAAAUCCUUGGAAAGAGGUGGAAUGGAUCGAUAAAUGAAACUAUCAAUUCUGUUGGCAUUGCUAGCUUUCCAUAAUUUUCUUUUAUUGCUUUGGGCUUUAGCAUAUUUCAUUGCAAUACUAAGCACUUGAACAACUGGGGUGUUAUUGUAAGCACAUUAAUCUUGUACCAACUUUUGUGUGCAACAAUUACUUUUAUUAAUUCCCGCUUCUCUUUA